UCUAAGAAGGCUACUUCCGGCGCUUACGGAUAACGUCACACAAGGCCGGCGGGUCUUUCUUCUCUUUCCCGCAGAGUAUUCCAGCUGCUAUUGGUUGUUGUCGCAGGUGGCGUAGCUUCCGGAAAGCUCUGCAAAUUCUCUCGAGCUGCACGUGGUUGGUGCUGCUGAAGCAAUGGAUCUUUCCGUUUGGUACCAGCCGCCGCCGCCGCCGCCGCCUUUUCCUGAUUGGGGCUCCUAUGUGCCUUGGUCACUUCCAAAUUCUCGGUCCUGGCAUUGGUCUCCAUCUCAGACGCCGCUACCAGGCAAAAAUUGCAGUUCUGAUGAAGAAUGGCGAGUUGAACAAGCUAGAUUGCCACGUGUUGGAUCCUGUCGAGGAAGAAACUACAAACAGAAGAAUAAGAAGCGAAGAGAACCAGUGUUUACUCAUUAUUGUGACACGUGUGAUCGUGGCUUUAAAAACAACGAGAAAUAUGAAGAACACAUCUCUCAGCACAGGCAGUGUACAGAAGAUGGCUGCAGUUUUAGUGCACAUGAAAAACUGGUUCAGAUUCACUGGAAGAAUAUGCAUUCACCUGGUGCCAAACAAAUAAAGUUAGAUACUCCAGAGGAAAUUGCUAAAUGGAGGGAGGAAAGAAGAAAAAAUUUUCCUACUUUAGCAAAUAUUGGAAAGAAGAAAGCACUACAGAUGGAAAAGGAGCAGAGAGGAGACAUACUGAAAACACUCCAGUUUGGCAAGAUGAAAGGAAUGUGGAAACCUCAAACGGAGGCUUCUAGGCAACAAGCAAAAGAAAGAAGGCGAACAAAUUGCUCCUGGAAAAAAUCUAAUUGUCCCUUGAAUGCUCCAGCUGCGGUUGUGUCUGGUCCAGACAAUCAUGGAACUGAGAAGGAAGUUGGAAAAGAACGUGCCUCUAUGAGAGAUGUAGAUCCCCUUAGCAUUCUAGCCAGACAUGAUUGUGAUUCAGACAAAGAAGUGGGAACUGCAAAAGAUCCAGCUUUGGGAAUGACUGUUGUUCCAAAGCAGGUGACCUCAGCUCUGAGUUCACUGGUGGCUAACUAUGGUAGCAUGUCAGAAAGUGAGAAUGAACAAGAUGAUCCCAUCAAGACUGCAGCUAAAGCAUUUGUUGAAAACAAGGCAAUUCUUACAAGUAUCCCUCAGUCUUCAAGCUUCACUCAAAGCUUUCAAGACACAGACCACAAAAAAGUUACUAAUUAUAUAGAGACAACAUUGGAGAGAUCAGAUUCACGCACAGUACGUUCCAGGAGUCAAAACAGACAGAGGAAAGUGCUUUCUGCACUACCAAACCAUCGUCCAACUCUUCUGGAAAUGCUCUUAGCAAAGGACAUACGGCAUGAAAGGAAUGUGAUUCUGCAGUGCAUUCGCUAUAUCCUCCAAAAUGAUACCUUCGGACUCUAUUUGCAGACUGAUUCAAGAGCACACUCGGGGACUGGAGAGACUUCCCAAAAUAUGAAAGAGCUAUUGGCAGGCGGGCAAAGUGAAUCUAACAUCUCUCAUAGCUUUAACCAUCAAUCAGUACAACAGAAUGAAUUAUUUGUAGGUGAAAGUAAGGAGGCAUCUGUAUCUUGGACAGCACAAACCUGUCAUGCUGUUGAUGAGGAGAUAUGGGAAACCACAGAAAUCCAUUGCGAAUGAAAAGUGACACUUGGUAGUUAGGCUUGAAUCUUUUGGUAAUCCAUAUUUCAAGAUUCAUGCUGAAAGUAAGCAAAUUGUAUACUGAAUCAAAAUAUGUUGUCUAAACAAAAGCAGGCCUCCUAAUGUAAACUUGCAUCCAAAUUAAUCUUGUUAAUAUUUUGAUCUUGUAGAUUUUUUUAUUGAGGGUUUUAUUUUUACACCUCCUAAGUUUGAAUAGACAUCACAUUAAUACUGCUUUUGUCUAGGUGUAGCUUUUUUGUUUAGGGCUAAGCUAGGCUGGACAGCACCAUUCACUGUUGUUGCUUUGCCUCCUGGUCAGUUGCCUCAGGCGCUUUUCUCCUAGCCUAGCUUCCCAUUAGUAUAAGUGCGGAAGGUGUGGGCAGAAUUGGGGAAAGAUUGUGAAGAGGUAAGGCAGAGAAGGUUCAGAUCUCAUCUGUGCUGCCCUUUGAUAAUAAAACUAGACCCCUUCCCACCCUCCCAUUUUAUGCAUGAGCGUGACAGACACCUGAAGAAGUGUGACUGCCAUCAAUUUGCCUAGCUGGGCCCUUAGAAUAACUAAUUUCUGAAGCAUCAGCGUGCAGCAUUCAUGUAAAACUAAAAAUUAGUACUGCUAGUAUUUGUUGCUGUUGUGAGAAAAAAAUGGAAGAAUGGAUCCUUAAAAAUUAGAGUUAAAAAUGUUUAUCCAGUCCCAGUGCUAUUCCUGUUAUCUCCAACAACAGAUUGAAGGACACAUUCUUCUCAUACCCACCUUGAAGCUGUUUCAAUUAUUUUAUUUUUAUUUAUGUGGUGCAAUUUCAAAACAUUUUAUGGUUUUCUAUCAUAGUGGAGCAAUAUGUACCAAGUGAUCAGUUGCUCAGUUUCAGACUAUGUGAUUUUUUUUAAACAGUGUUUCUAUUUCCUCCCCCCCACACACACUUCUGUGCUACAAUUCUAAUAGAAUAACACUUGAUAAAAUAUUUCUACAGAAACUGACCAUUUGACAUUUGGAAGGCAGACACAAUACACUGAAUUUUAAAUAAUACAUUGAAACCCCCUGUAAUUGUAGUGACUCAUUGUCUGUUGGUCCUGGUUUGACUCUGAAAUCUGUUUUUCAUUCCAAUUAAGGCAGUCCAUGACAUAGUACAGCCACCUGCAGUUGUAGCCCUGAGAAGACUGUUCUCUACUCCAGGCCCGUGUACUUCUGCCAACCAUCACAAUGCAAUAGCAAGCACCAAAGAAUGGACAAGGGAGUUGGGAUGGCAUAGUAGUGAAAAGUACUAGAAUGGAGUGGAUAGCUGUUCACAUAAAUGACACACUUGCCACACAGGACAACAGAGACAUAGCUACAUUUUAAUGUAUUGUACUGCUGAUUGCAUCUGUGGGCUUACAUGAGUCUUUUGACAUGCGAAUUAACAUGGAAGACGUGCCCUCUCUCAAAAAUAAGUGGAAGUAAUUUUCUAAUGCUCUGCAAAAUCAGACUCAAAGUAGCAGGAAUAAAUUUUCAAAUUGUGCACAUCUGUAAACAUUUGCAUUGCAUGUAUUAAAAUCUUUAUAUCCUGCCCUUUUCAUUGUAAAACUAUGCUCAAGGAACACAGGAAAUCAAACAUUCUUAAAACGAGCAGGCCCAAGGGCUGUUGAAAUAAAAUGUUACCGUGGCAGAAGCCAGGGAUGAGGGAGCCACUUUCCUAGAUCUUCCCCAUCAUCCCAACAAGUCAUGCUUUCACCACUGAUAGGAUACAGAGUAGGGCCUCUCCAGCGGGUCUCAAACAGCAGACAGUAUUAUAUGGGAGAUGGGUCUUUUGUGCUAACUACCCAUUAUAACAAAACUUGGCAUUUUAUCUGCAAGUUAGUUGGUCCUUUGGUAGAAGAGAAGGAGAUGGAGUUAGCCUAGGGGGGUUAUGGGAAAAAGCUGAAACAGAAGUAUGAUAUAUAUUCUUUGAUUACUGCAACAUUCUGUACUUCUACUUUCUGAGAAUUUGGCAUAAACCGCUUUCAGAUUUUCAAAGGGGUUUCUAUAAAGCUGGAUGCUCAGAAUUCAUUCCUGCUUUUAUGCAGGAGCUGACAAACUCUGGUACAGAUUAUAUUCUGCAAUGCAGCGUGAUCUAGCACAUGCAGUGGUAGUCAAUAUACCUUUAAAAAAACUGAGGGAAAAGAUUGCACAAUUUCUCUGGCCAGAGAACUAUUAGCGAACUGAUCUUAGGGUGCUUCAUGCAUUGUUUGGUCUGUAGACUGUAUAUGUUAUGAGAGAUGGGAGCAAGUGAUGUUCAUACAUGGAAUAUUUGUUUUGUCAGCCAGCAAAUUGUACAUAGGUAGAAAAUACUGUUGAUCAGGAUCAUAUGUACACACACACCUAUUCCACCCAGCCUUCUGCACCUCAUUGUCUACAAAGCAGUCAGUAUAUGACGCAGCGCCUA